UUUAUAUUUUUAUAUCAAUAUAUUGGGGGGGACGUUUUGAUCAGAUUUGAAUAUUGGAGGGGAUGUGCCCCCCCAAAUAUGUAUUGUGAUUACGGCCUUGGGCUAAAGAGGAAACAAUUAAGUUUUAAUGACAAAAGAUGAUAGAGACUAUUGUUUAAAGUGUUAAACGUAAAAAACGUCAGACAUACACUGACAGAGAACUUGAAGAAGCAAUUUGACACCAGAACACUGUGUGUGGGAGAGACUGCGGGAGAGGGGGAAGGAGGUGGGGGCAGCUAACGACACCAGACGUCAUAAGCUUGACAUCAGUGUCUGUGCACCAGCACCACCAGCAGCUUCAUUGUAGCGCAUAUAAACAGUAGGAAACUCUCACACACACGCCGAUACACACCUUCACACGGGAGCACCUGCAGGAGAAGCGGGCGCUCUUUAUUUCGUUCUGUUUCUCGCUGUUCAUCUGAAAAGUCUCUCGCUGAAAACUAAUUCCAAAAUAUUUGGGGGGUAAUAGGGAACAAAAAAAGUGACACAUUUCAGGAACUGUAAUAAUUUCCGUCUUAAAACAAUAUAUAUAUAUUUGACAAUGAAACAAUUCUGUGAAUGAGGAAGGCGCGAACAUGUCAGCGCACCUGCCGACUCACAGCAGCGUGUUCCCGCCUCUGCAGCUGGAGUUCCGGUCCCUGGUCACCUCCGCCACAAUGUUCGCCGUUGGGGUUCUGGGAAACCUGAUUGCCAUAGUGGUACUCUGUAUAUCCAAGAAGGAACAGAAGGAGACCACCUUCUACACGCUGGUCUGCGGAAUGGCCAUCACGGACCUGCUGGGCACCUGCUUCACGAGCCCCGUGGUCAUCGCUACUUACGUUGCCAACAGGUGGCCAGGGGGCGCGCUCCUCUGCCAUUUCUUCUCGUUCUCUAUGCUGUUCUUUGCUUCGGCGGGCAUGUCUAUUCUCUGCGCUAUGGCCGUAGAACGCUAUCUGGCCAUAAAUCACGCCUAUCUUUACUCACGGUACGUGGACCGGACCAUGGCGCGGUUCGCGCUCAUGGGCACGUACCUUGCCAACCUCAUAUUGUGUAUCCUGCCCAGCUUCGGCUUUGGGCAGCACGUGAGGCACUUCCCCGGGACUUGGUGCUUCGUGGAUUGGAGAGCCACGGAUCCGGUUUCCGCCUCCUACGUGUUUCUGUACGGCGGGGUGAUGUUGUUGCUGAUCGCCGUGACCGUCCUCUGCAACUUUGCGGUGUGCCGAUCGCUCGUGGGGAUGAGCCAGAAGACGCGCACGGUGAGGGCGGAGGUGUCGGCGCAGGGCGGCUCGCGGCGCCGGUUCCCUAGGCUGCCCUCCGUUACCGUGUCCUCCGCGGCGGAGACCCAGAUGUUUUGGCUACUAAUCCUGAUGACCGUCGUCUUCCUCGUGUGCUCCAUCCCGUUAGUGGUGAGAAUCUUCGUGAACCAGCUCUACGGCCCGAUGGCAGACUACCGGCAGGACCUGGUGGCCAUCCGCUUGGCCUCCUUCAGCCCCAUCCUGGACCCCUGGGUCUAUAUCCUGUGUCGGAAGAACCUGCUGGUGAAGGGGUGCGAGCGACUGAAGAGGGCGGUGGGGGGCAGGGCGGGGGGGCAGGCGGACACGGUGCCAGCUGUGCGGGGGGGGCGGAGCACGGCGCCAUCGUCCGACCACAGCAACGAGACGAGCUACGCCUCGCUACACACAAGCAACAACCCUCCUGGCCAGGCUCCCUGCAGGUCGGUCACAGACUUCACCCUGCGGCAGGCCUGGGACCAGGACACGGCACGAGCCGGCUUCCACCCUUUCAGCGUGGAGCAGGACGCAGGCGGAAGCUUUGGGCCGGAGGGGGGGCCGGAGGGGGGGCCGGAGGGGGGGCCGGAGGGGGGGUCGGAGGGGGGGCCGGAGGGGGGGCCGGAGGGGGGGUCGGAGGGGGGGUCGGAGGGGGGGUCGGAGGGGGGGCCGGAGGGGGGGCCGGAGGGGGGGCCGGAGGGGGGGUCGGAGGGGGGGUCCGGCAGGUUCCCCUAG